UCCACGUUCUCGCACCGUGCUGAGUGGCGCCGCCGAUCGAUCGACCAUCCUCCGCCGAUCCAUACUUCAAGUGAGAACGAUGGCCAGCAUGGGUCCUUCGACGUCGACGCUGACGGCGCAUGUGCGCUACGUUUGCGGCAGUGAUGCAAUCACGCUCAGGUUUCCGCUCUUGGGCGUCGAGCGGCAGCUCGUACGCCAGCCAACGGAAGAGCUUAGCCGCAUUCUCGUGCGGAUCGACCGCCUCUUGCACCCGCCGAUGUCCAAGCAGCAGUUCAAGCAAGGCAAGAAGACCAAGCUCAAGCAGGUGCACGAAGCCCUCGGGAAGGCCACGACAUCGAUCGCGUUUUGCGAUCGCGACGGCGCACCGCUCUCGCCGACGCUACCGCUUUGCGACGUCUUGCCAUGCGCCGCGACGCUGCAGAUCCAAGACGACACGUACGCCAUUGUGCUCAACGAGCCGGCGCUACUGGCUUUGCAUGUCACCGAGUACGACCUCGUCGUUGGCGUCCCGAUCGUGCCGACAGUCGACCUCGAGUUUUGCGACCGCACCGCGUGCCAAUGGACGUGGACGCGAGUGUCUACCACCAACGAACAUGUCGUUGUCGGCAGCUCCUUUGUGUACACACCGACAAGCGACGACGUCGGCCAUCGUCUCCAGGUCACGUGCAAAGCGCCCACAAGUGCUUCGCUUUCAACGACGACGACCGGAAACGUCGUGCCAACGCCGGACCGGUCAGCGUUCGCUGCGCGCCUCGCACAUCCCGCACCCGAUGCGGAUGACGCCUUUCGGAUCAUGUCCUACAACAUCUUGUACGCCAAGUACGCCCGCGCCGACCGCGCGUACAAUCGCAUGUACCCGCACGCCCAGCCCGGCAUCCUCUUUGACAAAUACCGGCUGCCGCUCAUCGCGCUCGAGAUGCUCGAGACGGGCGCCGACCUCAUUUGCGCCCAAGAGAUGGGCCAUGGCGUCUUCCACGCGUACUUCUUACCGCUCUUGCGUGCCCACGGCUUUGACGGGCAUUAUGCGGGCAAGGCCGGCACGACGCCCGAAGGCUGCGCCGUCUUCUUCAACACGGCCAAGUGGCAGCUCCAAGACGCCACCGUGGUGGGCUUUGCCAACGCGCUCAAAGAGAUUGACGCGACGUCGCCGCUGCAGCACUUUCUGAACGCGCACCCGCAGGUCGCACUCGCAGUCAGCACGGUCCCGUCGGUUGCCCAAGUGCUCUUGUUGCGCCAUGUGCAUGGCGCUCGCACCGUGCUCGUGGCCAACACGCACCUCUUCUUUCGUCAUGACGCGGACGCGGUCCGGCUCGUCCAGACCGUGCUCAUGACGCGGUUUCUCGAGCAAAAAAAGGCCGACGUUGAAGCGAGAGACGGCGUGCCGGUCAGCGUCGUCAUUACGGGCGAUCUCAAUGCGCUGCCAGACGCGAUUCCCGCCCAGUUUCUCCUGCGCGGGUCCAUUGGGUCGGACCACCGGCAUUGGCAAGAAGCCGCGGCGUUCCAGUGGAGCGCCGACGAGGUGAUGACGCCGACACCGUGGCCGGAGACGAUGCCAGAGGCGCUCACGCACAAGUUGAGCCUCGGCAGCGCGUGCGGGUCGCCCGAGUUUACGCAUUUCGUCAAGAACCACGAAUUUACCUUCAUUGGGACAUUGGACCACAUUCUUGUGGACACGGAGACGCUGACGCCGACGAGUCAUCUGCCCUUCUUCUCGCUGGACGUCGCCGGGCACGAAAAGUCCUUGCCCUCGAGCGUCUUUCCAUCCGACCACAUUUCGCUUGUGGCGGACGUUCGCUUCCAUACUCCCCCGUCGCAAUAGACCGCACGAUCUUG